UGCUUGUUGUGUGAGUGUGUGUCUGUGCGUGCACCCGCACGGUGAUCUAACCCUACGCACUUGUGAAGAGGAGAGUGAAUGCACAACAAGGUAGCUUGCAGAGAUGCUGCACUGAAGCUGAGCACUUUCUCAUUUACAGAGCACCGACACCACCAACCAGAUGAUGAGCUAUGCUAUGGAUAAAUGUGUACAAGUGAACGGCACAGUGGGAGAGGGCUAGCAUGGUGUCUGCUCUCCACACCUCGGACCAGAUGAUUUGGCCAGUCUGGCUGAUCCUAUUCUCCUGUUCAAUCAGCAUCACACCAUCUCAGUCUGAACUAGUGUUCUCAGUCCAACCGAAAGAUGGUGUUGGUGUUCUGAACAGUCCUCUAAUGCUGCACUGUGCAGUGUAUGACACAACCACACAGACUGGACUACCAGUGAAGUGGGAGAGAUGGAGGAUUGGAAAUGGAGGAUUGGCAGCUGGAGUUCAUCAGAUGGCCAACGGCUCUCUGUUCUUUUCUUGGCUUAAAGAGGAAGAUCUAGGAAGAUAUGUUUGCAGUGCAAGGAAGGGAACCAAACAAAUCAGAAAUGUUGUCACGGUCAGCAAAGCAUAUUUGGAAAAUGUGUUUUUCAGUCCUCAGUCUCAAAGUGUAAUUAAGGGUCAGGACGUGUUUUUCCAGUGUGUGUCAGGAGACAGCUCUCCACCUGCUCACAUCUCAUGGCUGAAAAACAGCAAAGCUUUUAACAGAGGAACUCAGAUACAGGGUCAAUAUGGAGGGGGGAGUCAGAGAAAGACCUCAGGCACCCUGCACCUGACUAACGUCACCAAGGAAGACCAAGGCCAUUAUGUCUGUGUUACCCAUAAUCCUCUACUGAACAUGAGCAAAGAGAGUGGUACAGCUACCCUAAUAGUUGGAGGACAUAGCAUGAGUCUUGAGAUCAUUCAGGGUCCUGAGAAUAUCACAGUUGCUGUGGAAAUGGCAACGGCCAUGCACUGUGUAGUCCGUGGUUUCCCUACUCCCAAAGUGCAGUGGUUCAAAGAUGACCAAGUGUUAUCCAAUACAUCGAGAUGGGACCUGCAUGAUGAUGGACAACUUCUUGUUUUUGGGAGAGUUUUGCCAGAAGAUGAAGGCUUCUAUUACUGUGAGGCUAACAAUGACAAGGAGAGACUCAGAUCGCAGUCUGCCUACCUCCUUCCUGCAGUCAUGGACUGGACCUUUGUCCUCCAACCUGUCAAUAAAACAGUGAGGAAGGGUGACUCAGUGACUCUGCACUGCAGCCCUCCUCACAGCAGACCCCCUGCACAAAUCACUUGGUUUAGAAACAACCAGCUUCUCCAAUCCAGGUCACACAUCUCCGCCCAGGCCACUGGAGACCUGCUCUUUCACAGUGUUCAAGAAACAGACAGGGGGUCGUAUUUUUGUCGAGCUUCUAAUUCCUUUCUACAAAGGUCUAUAACCUCUAGAAUGAUCUUCCUGGAGGUUCUAGCUCCUCCAUCCGUGACUAUCUGGCCCCUGGCGGUGAUUUCUGCAGUGGGAGCGGAGGUGGUAAUUCAGUGCCAGGUGUCAGGACACCCUGAUCCCUCUAUUGAAUGGUCAAAAAGUGGCCAGUCUGUAAGAACAGGAGGCAAAAUUACCAAGGGGUAUACAUUUGGAUUUUCCAUGGUGAGAAAUGCAACUCUUUACAUCUCCUCAGUGAGAAUCUAUGAUGAAGGUUUUUACACAUGUGCAGCCUCCAAUACUGUGGGACAAGAUAAGAAAACUAUUCGCCUACAAAUAGCUGCAAAGCCUGUCAUUGUGUUAUUUUCGGGAUCAGUGAACGUGUCCAAGGGAGCCAAUAUCAUUCUCCCAUGCCAAGCAGUUGGAAACCCUCCACUGAAAUACAGCUGGCACAGAAGUGCUCUUCAGACACCUCUAUCACUUUCAUCACGCAUACGCAUUGAUGAUAAUGAGACCCUGCACAUCUCUAAUGCCCACCAGUCAGACGCAGGCGAGUAUUACUGCAUUGCUGAAAACAACCUAGGUCAGGACAGAAGAAAGACCACCAUAACAGUUUUCUCUGCUGAUCCUGAAGAGGAUUUUUUAUCUACAAUCCCAGAAAUCAAGCCAGAAGAUCCUACAAAUCCUACCAAUGAACAGAAUUUAAAAUCUUAUAGAGGUAAAAUGAAUCUAUUCAACAGCCUAUAUCUGUUAUUUGUGUACUGUUUGUCUAAUGUCUUUAUAAAAGUUGUGAGUGAUUGUUUUAAUUUCACAUCUAUAGAUAUUUACCUGAAGAACUCACCAACACAUUCUAUCAGUGUUCCUACCCCAUUUUCCUCCUAUACUUCCGUCACUGAUCAUGACAACGCAAGUAACACGGGAGUAACACAGAAAUACAAAGACCUCUCAAGCACACCAGGAACACAAUUGGUCUUCCCUUACUCCAAAAUCCUAGAAACACGUACACAAAAAAGACAUGUACAUGUUACUCCAACUAAUCUGAUCACCCAGCAUAAAGAUGAGAUAUUACGCCCAAGCCACAUACAACCUGAAUCACUGUCUGCACAAAAUCAGACCUUCAAUCAAAUUUCUCUCCAAGGAUUUUCUGAGCAGCACACAAGUUCACAGCAAGACCACUCCUCUCAUAGCUCAGUGGUUCAGGCUCUUGAACUAACUCAGACCUCUGGGUUCACAUUGUAUGAUAUGAACAGUGUCACCAGUGCAGCUCCUGUGGAGGUCCACCAGUUUAGGAGUCAGCCUGCUGAGCAGCUUACAGUCACCAAGGCAUCCCAGGCAAAUAAUACUGAAUUAUUGGAAUUGUUGAAUAAAAACACCUCGAAGGCUCCCAUGAGGACUACAGACAACAAUGCCAGGGAGAAGAGGAAGUCACAAAGUUGGCUACCUGUGCUGGAAAAACAUGACAUUCCAAUUGUAGUUGGAGUGGGAGUUUCCUUGGCAUUCAUUUUCAUCACAAUGGCUUUUUAUUCAUUGUUCCGGAAAAAUGACCCGGUAGCCGUUACUACAGGACGAGCAGCUCUCAGAGGCCUUGGUGGCCCUUGCAGGCAUGGCGAACGCCUUGCAAUCGAAAGGACAUAUGAUAAUAAAGCAUUUGAGGAUGACAACAUGGUUGCUGUUAUCGAGCAAAGCCCAAACACAUCUGAGAUGAGAGCUCAUCCCCCAACAUCAAGUCCAUCCACCUUGCUAAUGGAACCAUCUUAUGAUGACACACAGGAAGACGUCCAGCCAAGCCAAGACAUGCCAGUCAUAGUGGAAACACACUCAGAGCCCUCUGAGGAGGAGCAGUUAGAGACCUCAUUUGAGGAAAGCAAAGCCACGCCCUCUCUCCCGUCUGAUGCCCAGCUUCAGUGUAUGGAAGACUGGAGGAGCCAAGAUCUGGGGCAAUGCCAAAGGGAUGCACCUUUACCACCCUCUUCCAACCCUUUGGGCAGUCAGGAAGAGGGUCUCCGUUCUUCUCUGACACUGCAGACCAGUGAUUCCUCCUCCACACCAGUACACCACAGUAUCAGCCUCUCACAUGCCUCCUGUCCUCUCUUGCUGUCCCAUUGUGUCACCCUGGGCAUGACAUCUGUUUCUGUUGAUGUGCACUUCUACCCCUCCAACCCUACACAGUAUGGGUCUCUGAGACCGCCGAGCAAUUCCCAGCAUGAGCACGAUCAAAAUGCUCGGUCUACUCACCAUGGCAAAUCAUGAAUCAUGGAAAAGAAAUUCUCUGGCAGGGCCAAUACCUACUUGAAUGCUCAUUGAAGACAACGACAGACAUGUCCCACUCAGGACCGAAGGCUGUUAUUAAGGUUUCUUUGUUUCUUUUCUGAUUUAUAAGGUGCUGUUGGUUUGCUUAUUUUUUCUGCAUUUAUAAUUCUCCUGUUCUACAUUCCUGGUUAUAGUAUGAGUACAUCAUUAAGAAACAAACAAAAGAAAUCAUGUCUAUCAAAUGCCAAGAAUAUGUUAUUACUUAAAAAAAAAGAAACUAUGUAUAUAUGUGCGCUUUAGAAAUGACAUUAAAUGAUAUAAAUUAAUAAUAUUUAAUUUAAUUUUAUUGCAACAUGUUUAUUUGAUAUUAGGAUAGUAACAGAUAUUUCUUAGAGAAUGAAUGUCCCAAAACUAGCUGCAUGGGUUUGCAGUUAAAAUGUUAUAAAAGAAAGGUGCAUGAACGAAGCAUUAGGAUUUUUCGAGUGCAAAUCAACAUGACUGUUACAGUUACAUAACCAAAGGAUGUGCUACCUUACCACUGAACAAAUCUGUUUUAUGUUAAUAUCAGCAGAAUUAUAUAAAAUAUAAAAUAUAUAUAAACUAUAAAUUCAAAUCUUGAGUUCAUGUUAAUAUAACAUUUAAUAAAAAUUAGUUGAUGUUG